AUGGCGAUGCUGAUGGCGAUGCUGAUGGCGAUGCUGAUGGCGAAGCGAUCUCAGGCUGCAGAGAGCGAGGGGACUGCUGGUGGUGCUGCUCGCCAGGCGCCCAUGACGAGGAGCAAGAAAGCUGCAAAGGCGACGGACAAGCCAGCGACAAAGCGGACGAGCGCGCCCACUGACAAGUCAGCAAACGCUACCAAGACCACGCCUGCCACUGGCAAUGCCAAGCAGAAGCGGAAGAAGGGGGAGGGGCCAGACACUUCGCCAAGCCCCCGUAAGCAGAGGAAGACUGCCAAGAAGACUGGCGAAGGAUCCAACGGGACGACGCGCGAGUUGGGCGCCGCGAGUGCAUCGGAGGACGAGGCGACGACUCGCGAUGAAGAGACGACUUCCCUGGCAGGUGAUUACUACAAGAUGGCAGACUACCAGAAGCGUGUGUGGGCGGAGAAAUACACAGCUGCUAGGAACAGCGACAACGACUUGGACUACGAGGCUUUGAGCAAGUUGACUCAAUUCAAGGCGUUCAUACACAACCCAGAAGAGCUCCAGCGUCACGAGCCUGCGCUGCUGAAAGAGUUCUACGAGGUUUACUUAGCGGACCAAGCCCUGAAAGCAGACGCACACGCGCAGACCGCUGGAUCGGGUUCGUCAAAGCUAUCGCAACGUGGCGGAGCCGAGCACCUGGCGAUCGAGCAAUGCGACAUCCAGGCGGCUCAGCAGCUUACCGCAGCCAGAAACCAAGCAUCGCUAGCGUCAGACCAAGCUCCAGGGCCUCCAAUCUCGCAGACACCCGUGGCCGUGCAGGAGGAAGGUGCCCCAGCUCGGAGACUGCAAACCGACAAUUUGCGAGGGGACAGUUCCGAGAGAAGCUGGAUGAAGAAGCAGAAAGGGGCUCGACAGCUGGAGGAGGAACAAGCACGCUCAAGGAAAUUAGAGGAGCAGUUAGCAGCCGCUGCGAAGGAGCUGGCCGAACUCAGGAGUGAUGGCAGUGGUGAUGGCAGUGGUGGCGACAGAUGUACCGUGAUAGCGCAUGAGUGGAAGAGGACGGCUGCAAAACUAGCCGAGGAGAAGGCGAUUUCAAGUGGCUUGCGCAACAAAUUUGCCCAUGUGGAAACUGAGUUGAAUUUGUCGAAGCAAUCCGUCCCCACGCACGCAGACAAUCUACUUAAGGCGCAGGCUAGCCAUGCUAAGAAACUCCAGGAUGUGCACGAAGACAUGAGCAACCUCACGAGAGAGGUGGACGAGCGCAAGAAAAAACUGGAGGACCGGGAGAACGAGGUGGCUACACGAGAGAAGAAUAUGGAGAACAAGGAGGAAGAACUACAAGUCAAAGCCGAGGAGCUGCAAUCUCAUGAGGUCAAGCUCAAAGAGGAGGGCCGGCGUCUCCAGAACGUAACGCAUCGCCUGCAACGGGAGCGGGAGCAGUUGGACGCGGAUAAAAAGAAACGAGAGAAGCCGAGUCGAGAGAAGCAACAAGGAGGCCGAAUAUCGCUGAGGCAGGCGAAGAUUUUGAAUGAAAUGAAGCGCCAGACCCGGCUCCUGGAAGAGCAGUUCAAGAACAACGGGUGCCCAGCUGCGUUUAAAGAGCUCGAAGCCAACCGCAACCGGAUCGAGGAAGAGAGGGCGGCGAUGCAAGCAGAACGGGAUGGAGUGAGAACGCAGUUGGAAUCGAUGAAGGCUGCGCUAGAGGCGGUGAAAACGGAGAACAGCGGAUUGCAAGACACCAUCGCGAGACGAGAGCUGUACUUGAGUAUGUUCAAGCAUAGCGCGGUGACCGAGAAAGCUAUCGAAGAGUUCACGGAAUGGAACGCCGUCAUCCGAGAUGGUAACACGAGCACAAUGCAGAAGAAGCGCGACUUCAUUCUGGGCAAAAUGAAGGAGGCGUUUGGAUCGAAGACGGCGGACGCUGAAGAGUUCAAGGCGCUUGCGGUCGAGUUCUGGGAGAAAAGAAGUGAGUUGGUCCACGACAAGACAGGUACCGUCAUUCACUCGAUGGACCACGGCAGAUACGCGUGUGUAUGCGCGAAGAUUAUGGAAGCAUUGGCUGCGUUUGAGAGUGCCAUCCUGCUGUAG